AUGUAUCGGCCCAAAAACUUCUUCGCUGUAUUAUAUUCAUACCUGAUCUCCAUUCGUUGUGCAUCUGAGGAUUCAGACUACAUCAUGAUGUUGAUCACUGCAGCUCUUAUUCUCAUUGUCACCACUAAAGUUGUCCUAGGACAGGAUGACAGACUGGGUAUUAAAACAUUUAAAACAUUAUUAUUACAGGGAUAUUCAUUAAAUAUGGCAGAGGAUUCAGUUGAUGACCGGUAUGAUGGCUGUACAAUGAAAACUAAAAAAUUGGUGGAGACAAAAUAUCUAACUGAAGAAAUCUAUGCUGACAUAUCAGGCUUUGGAACAGUUUGGGAAACCAGUACAAAUAACAUCCCUGGACCAAAAGAAAAUCUGAGAAGAAAUCCUUUAAUUGCCAUUUCUGUGUAUACUGGUGGUAUUGUAUAUAGAAAAUUCAAUGAGGAUGUUAGGACUGGUAAACAGAAAUACGAAGACAAGACAUUCAAAUGGUAUUCGCUUCAUUUUUGGUUGACACAAGCGAUACAGACUCUAAAGAAAACGCAACAGGGAUGCAAGUCAACUUAUCGUGGUACCAAUGUUAAAUUUGAUGGUGUCAAGAACACAGAGAUUCGUUUUGGCUCAUUUGUGUCCUCUUCUCUUGAUCGUAAAGUAACAACUAAUUUUGGAAGUGAAUCUUGUUUUGAAAUCGAGACUUGUUACGGUGCUGAUGUGUCAAAAUACUCCCAGUUUCCUAAUCAGAAAGUGGUGUUGAUACCCCCAUAUGAGAAAUUUAAAGUCACUAAUAUCAGGAAAGGUCAGAAGGGUGACUGGUGUAAGACUGUGUUUGUGUUAAAUAGCACUGGUAUAAAAAGUAACUUAAACUGUGCACAGUUUGGUCACAUACUGCCGUUUGGUCAUGACCCCCUCACGUUCAUACCCGACGUUGAGGCAGCCCCUGCAGGGGAUUAUGAGGUAGUCGCAGGAGCCAUUGAUGAGGCAGAGCUGGUGGCAGAGCUUGAGCUUGGUUCAGGAGGGGCUGACAUUGAAGGGGCCGAGACAGCUUCGCUCACUCAGUUCACUGCUCCACGGCGCGUUGUGUCAGUGAGUCACGUGACAACACAACAACGAAUCACAGCAGAGCAGCAGGAGGGGGAGGAGUAG